AACUCUUUUGCGUUAGGAGGUCAAAGGACUUUACGCGGGAAUGUUGUGUAACAAAAAUUUGUGAGAGGCCAGGAGGUGAAUUUUUGAGUAAUUCAGCACACCAAGGCGUGGUAAAAAUGAUCCGUCGAAGCUUGAGGAAACGUGCGUCACCAAAAAGUGAAGACAAGAAUGAACAGAAGAAAAUGAAGAAUGCGUUGUCAUCAAUUAAAAUGGAGCCCAAAACUCCACUGACUCCGGUUCCAGUGAACAUCCCUAUACCGAGCCCACCUGACUUUACAAAGUUGGAGAUAAAGGGAAUGAAAGAGGAAAACACAAAUAGUGAGGAUGAAGACGACUUGGAUUUGGAGUCCCAGAGACAAAAGAACCUCCAGGACAAUGCGGCCAUCUUCUCUAGUCUGGGCUUCCAGGAGACUAAAGUAGACCUUAAGAUGUCAUCCAAGAAAUACAAACCAAAGCCAGCAACAAAAAGGGUCAAGAUUCCCAAACCUGCCCCGGGCCCUAGUCGGCGGAGCAUGAGGCUACAGAGGAUCGACCCUGAGGGUCAGCCUCUCCCUGAACUGCCAGCAGAGGAACCACAGAUCGAUCAACAUGCUAGAAAACCAUCAGGCCCAAUGGGUAUGGAGGAUGCCCUGUUCAGUGGUAACUCUGUUGAGGAUCACAUUCAUCUCGUGUCACGUCUUGGUUCAGCAAAAGUCUCCUCCAAGACGACAGACACCAGACCUCUCACUAAUUUUGUGAAAGACCUGAACCAGCUGAGACUAGGAGAGGAGGGGGUGUCCAAAGUUGUCCCGGAGAGGAUCUUCUCCCUGGCUAUCCACCCUGCCCAUGACAGAACACUGGUCAUGGCCGGGGACAAGUGGGGAAAGCUGGGAUUCUGGGAUGUGGUCCAUGACAAAUCGGAUGAUACAGACGGUAUAGUGGUCUAUCACCCGCACUCUCGACCAAUCAACGAUCUCCGAGUGUCGCCCUACAACCACCUGCACAUCAUAUCAUGUAGCUAUGAUGGAACUUCCCGUUGCUGUGAUCUUCAGAAGACUGUGUUCAAUGAGGUGUAUGCCACAGAUGAGGAUGAGGACAAUCUGCUGAAAAACUUUGAUUUCCACUCAGCUGACACACUUGUUUACUCUCAGCAAGAUGGCACAGUAGCCUUUGUGGACACAAGAACCCCUGGGACGGAUGCUGAGCAUGUGUAUUGGCUUCAUCAGAAAUCUUUGAGGACGGUGUCUGUUCAUCCAAUCAACAAUCACCUGAUUGUCACCGGCAGCACUGAUUGUACUGCCAAGAUCUGGGACCUGAGGAAUUUGAAAUCAGGAGGUAAGAGUAACAAAUGGCUGGAUCAGAUCGUCCACAGUAAGAAUGUGUACAGCGCCUACUUCUCACCGCUGACUGGGAACCAUAUACUGACCACCUCUCUGGACGGAACGCUCAAUGUAGUGGAGUGCACAGACUCAGGAAAGCUGGGGAAGAGGAAAGUUAUCAAACACAACAACCAUGUUGGGAGGUGGCUGACCCCGUUUCGUGCAGCCUGGCAUCCCUCACGGGAGGAUGUGUUUGUUGUGGGAAGCAUGGAGAGACCAAGGCGGAUCCAGGUGUACGACUGUGAGGGUAACAUCCUGCGUAAUCUGAGUGACCCCGAGGUCCUGGGCUCAGUCUGCUCACUCAACGUGUUCCAUCCGACCCGGAACGUCCUAGUGGGUGGGAACUCCAGUGGGAGAGUCCAUGUCUUAAUGUAGGUCGGAGGCACCAUGACAAAGUUCAUUGGGUACAGACAGAUGAGACAAUGGCAGGGACUAGCACUCAGGGGAUGAAGGAUUACCUGGUUUUCAGGAAAACUAUGAUCACAAAUAGGCCAGUGAAUCCUUUGAAUACUAAACCUGACGAAAGAGAGCUUGAAUUAGAACAGUCAAAGAUGUGGCUGAUUGUAUGUGUUCCGAUUAUGUGUUCCUAUAUUACUGACAGACUGGUAUGGUUUUUGACUUGUGACCAUUUGACCCGGUGUCAAUGUUAGUACUAUGUCAUAUAUACAACUUGUACAGAGAAGGCUGUUGGAGGGAGAAUAAUGUGUUGAGCACAUUGAUAAACAGGGACGGGUGAAUAAGUUGUACUCUAAAGGCAGCAUUAUUCUUUUAGACAUAUUUUAGAAAUUUAAAAACAUCAUUUCAUUUAAUCUGUUAUAGGAUUUGAUGUUUGAUAAUGAUGAUGAUGAUGACGAUGAUGAUGAUGAUUAAUGGCCUGUAUGUUAAUCUGUAUGGACAUAUCCGUAUUGUACAAAAACACAGCAUACUUUUUGUGACUCAUGAACUUAGAUGUAUAUUAUGACUAUUCUAUAGAAGCAAAAAAAUGUACCUAAGUUGGUUAUACGGGUAAUAUAUUGAUGUAACAAGAGAUUAAGAGAUUUUUUGUUCUCUGAUUUCCCUUAGCUAUAGAUUUUUAGUAAACUUAGACUAGUUUCUUCAUCUAAAUUUUUUGUUGCAAAUCAUGUGUUCACAGUUUUGUUUUCAACUUUUUAAGAGGUUAAGAAUUGAAAGUCUUUUAUAAAUGUAUUGCUUGUAUUUUCAUUGUCUUCAAUUUUCCUGGGGAUUCUUUGUCAAUAACACAUCGAUGACAUUAUCUUUGUCAAUAACACAUCGAUGACAUUAUCAAUCACACAUCGAUGACAUUAUCAAUAACACAUCGAUGACAUUAUCUAUUUGGGGCUUUUUCUUCUCUCUUUAUUUUGAAAACCCAUGGAUUUUUAUACUUUUUUGUAUUUUUGGAUUAUAUUAAACUUGAAAUGAAAAUGAGAA